CUCUGAGCUGCUCCUUAGGAGUCUGGGCUGCUCCCUGAAAGCCCACGUGGGCGUUUCCAGACACGUGAGGCGACGCUGCCCGCGCUCCCUGUCUGGACAUGGAGGCAGCUGCUCCGCUCCCGGGUGGCGCUCGGCGCAGCAGGAGCUCUGGACUGCUGCUUCCCGGGCCGGGCCGGACGCGGAGUGAUGCCCAACUGCUGGAGGAUGCGCUCGGCCGGCUGAGCGGGGCCACUGCGGCCAUCACCGCCAACGUGCGGCGGAUCAAUGUGGCGCUGGAGAGGAUUCUGGAGGAUAAAGCAACUGUGGAGGAGCUGAACCAAAUGCUGAUGUGUCAGGGGCGGGGGCCUGGGCUAAUAGUUUCUGGGCACCAAAAGACCUUUGAGUCAAAGUAGCUAUGGGAUCACCCCACAGAGAACCGCGACCACACCUUCUGCUUCCAAGAGACAUGUUGGGGCCCUGUAUCAGAGAGUGGGACCCAAGCUGCUCAAGGACAUCCUGGCUUGUUGCCAGCUAGAGACGCUGCCUUCUUGAGGACACUAGGAACACUUUUGGGUGCUGGGUGGCAGUUCUGCCCCAUGAUGGUUGGAGAUUUUCCAGUCACUCUUUGUUCUCACAGAUAAUAAACAUGAGACAUGAUCCCUGA